UGUUGUUGCUGUUGUCGUUUUAAACAUGUCCCCCUUUAGAAUUACAACACAAGGCGACCUUACAAUUCCAUAAAAUACAGCGGAGACGGAAGAUGAUUCUUGCAAUAUAAAUGCAUUCUCUCAAUACAAAAGUAGCAAUGGAACAACAAGAAGGACAGAAAGAGCCAUCCACAUGCUCUGAUCUUGAAGUAACCGGCUCCAAAAGACUCGAAUAUGGCCUGGAGAACAGCUUUCGGCAUGUUUUUCAAGUGAUCGAUUUCAACAAAGAGGGAAGCGUCAAGAAGAGCAGCCUUCAAGUUAUAUGUGCUAAUGUAUGCAGGGUUUUAGAAAUUCUAUACAUGCCUGACCAUUUGGAGGUGUUCAAAGGAGAUGGCAAAAAGCUCGAUGAAGAUGGGUUUUUAGAAUAUGUGAGGCACCUCGUUAGAAAAGCCACAGUUGCAGGGAAUAAGGUCAAUUAUGGGAAACUUGAGGAUAUAUCUUGGGUAAUAAUAAGCAAAGUAAGAUCACAGCAAGACAGAAUUCUGUCAGGAGAAGACACAUUUUUGCUGCUUAAGGCAUUCAAUAAAGUUGAUAUAUAUGGAAACUUGGUAAUUCACAAAGAGGAAGUUGAAAAGAUGCUAGAGAGUUUCAUGAAAGCUAUCGGAACACCAUGGACACCAGGACCCAUGGAAAACUUUUACUCUGCUGACUUUUGGACUUUUUGGAAGCUCCUGAAGUGUCUUGAAACUAAGUACAUUCAGUCCUCACCAAGAAGUUUGUAUGAAGAAGGGCUAAUUUCAAUUGAGGACAAAUAUGUUAAAGAGAUCACAAAAGCUGGAAUGUUGAUCAAGAAAGGCCACAAGGUAAAGUCUCUGAAAGAGAGAUGGUUUGUGUUACAACCAGGCAGGCUGUCUUAUUAUACAACCAAGUCAAUGCGAGAACUAAAAGGCACUAUAAUAAUCAACGGAAAAGCAACAGUUGAAAGUUUACCAGAUUCUAAGACAGGCAAAUGCAGAUUUACAGUCAAAUGUGGUGAGAAGAAUGUGAGCUAUGAAAUGGAGGCAGAAUCCCAAAGAGAUAAGAAUGAAUGGAUAAAUCAGAUACAAGCAAGCAUAGAAUGUGAAAAGGGUAAAUCAUUGCUGUACAUGGAAUUGGAAAAGAGAAUGGUUGAACGUGCUAAGAAACAAAAACAGGCUGCUGAGGAGGAGCAAAGACGUACAGACCAGGAAACCUUGAUCAAAGAGCAAAUGCAGGAAUUAGAGAAAAUGAAAAUUGCUCAAAAGGAGGCUGAGGCUCAUGCUGAAAAGGAGGCAGCCAUGCUUGAAGAUGAGCGAAAACGCCGUGAAGAAUUGGAAUUGUUGAAAGAAGAGUACGAAAAACUUUUGGAAAAUGAAAGAAACGCCCGGGAAGAAGAGGAAGCUGUGAGGAAAGAGCAAGAGCAGCUUCUGCUAGAAGAAAGAGUUAGAAGAGAAGACCUCGAGAAAAUAAAAGUCAUGCAGGAAGAACUAUUAGAGACUGAAAGAAAACACCGGGAAGGUUUAGAGGAAGAAUCAAAGGAACAAGCCAAGGUAUUGGAAGAGGAACGAAGAAAAAUGAAAGAACUGGAUGAGGCAAGACAGAAAGCCGAGGAAGCAAUUGCUGAGGCACACGCGAAGUUGCAAGCUGCAGAAGAAGAACGAAGGAAGAAGGCUGAAGCAGUUGAAAUGGCAAAAGACAAAACUAGGAGAAUGAAGAUCCCUGAAAGAUUAGCGCAACCACUUAGUAAGGUUUGUCAAGGAUUUGUAACGCAUCGAGGAGCUGGGGCAUUCAUCGAAGAGGAUUUCAAAAAGAAGGACGCCGAAGAAACCAAAGUUAAACCCGAGCCUGUUAACAAAACUGUUGAUGACGGAGGUGAACGCACAGCCAUUAUUGAAAGCAACCUAGUACGACCUUCUGAGAAGAGUUUGUUUUUAAAGGACGAAUAAACACCCUGUUUUUAUUAUUUAUUAGUCUCUGGAAGAUUUAUAACAUGUAGAAGUAAAAGUGUUGCUUUUUUCCAUUUAUUUUUAUAUUUUUUAUAGGUGAUAAUAGCAAAAUUUAGUGCACAAUAUCUUGUUUUUGGUUUUAAAAUAAGGAUAGUGAAGAGCAAAUUAUCUAACACAUUUAUCUUGAAUUUUGCACCAUUUGGCCUA